AUGUAUAUUGAAAGCGUUAGAACUGGCGAGUACGCGACAAUAGGGUACGCUCGCAAAAGCCAUAGCAACGAGUCGCAGUCGGUACGCCUACGUUUAUUGGAGAGUAUGACGGCUAUCUUGGUAGACCCUUGCCGGUGCAGCAAAAUCUACGUGAGCCCCAUUUGUGCUGCCAAUUCGCCUCUUCAAGAACGCGACUUGAAACGAAGUACGCUCAUCAAAGAAAUUCGCAAUGCGCAUGGUGACAUGCAAGAUCUGAUAUCGUACGCAAAGACAGCUGUGCGUCCUAUAAGACUGGUCGUGAUCGACUAUGCCGGUCUAACGACGUCGCCUCAAGACCUUUCCGACUUCAUGUUGUAA